AAGGGAUCCCCAAUCCCCGGUUACGACCGUUAGUGCGGCUCGUUAAUAUUAAAGGCAUCUAUCUUACAAGAGGCGAGCCGUCCGCCGUUUCCCUGUUUCCGGGAGUCCCCCCCAAUGACGACGGUCCCGACUGUGCUGGCUAAAUAGUUGACCCUCUCCCACACGGGAAGCAGUCUUGCCUCCCUCUCAGUCCCAAACUUCGAUUCACGACCCGACCGUGGUGAGACAUGAAUUUUGGCUAAAUGGCGUCCUCAAAUUUCCCCACCACUGUGCUACUCCUGCUGUUUGUUGCGCGGGCUCUGGCUCUCAACUUCACCGUAGCGGGAGGGCAAAUCUUCACCCCGGGGUUGGCCAUUGUCGAUGCUCCUCAACCCGGUACUCCCUUAGGCGGAGAAACCAUCGAAGUCGCACUAGAUGUGUCGACUAAUGGCAGACUCCCGUUGCCGCCGUACGCCAACAACAGCCCGACCAAAAUCCACAAUAUCACCAUCUUCCUCUACAGCUACGAUACCGGCAAGAACUUCACCAUCACCAAUGGCACGUCUACUGCGAACAAUGCCAGCCUGGGCGACAUCAUGUUCUCGGAGCCAGGAAGCACCGUGAAGCACGUCAAGUGGAUGUGGCCGGAUUGCCUCGUUGGAGACGGCCAGCCUUCGACCGUGAACAGCGCCCGCGGCUCCUACAAUGUAAGGAGACCUCUCAAGUGCGGAUUUGUUUUUUUUUCUUUUUUUGGUCCUAACCCUAUUAUCCAGAUUUCCAUCCGCCAAAACUUCCGUCUGAAUGGGGAGGACCAUUAUACCAUCUUCGACCUGCCUAUCUCAGUCACCAAUAAGAUUGAGUUCGAUCUUCUCAGGCCAUCCUGCGACUCCCUAAACAACCCACUACUCAGGCCGGCGGAAGUCAGCAUAAGUGCCAACGACCUCCCUGUCAUGUUCGCUCCCGGCGACUCGACGGUCAUCCAGACGGGCAACUCGGGCUCUGGCGGAGACGGCCUCGGACCUUCCAAGCCUGAGGCGGGCCCUGGUCAAGGACUGGGUGGUGCUGGGACCUUAAGCUGGCGCAGCGGGGCCCACUGGAUUUGCCUGCUCAGCAUUGCUCUUGCUCUUGCUCUAUGAGCAGGAAGACCAUUGUGCACAUGAUACCCCCAGUGCGGCACCAUUUGUACUAACACGCCAUCUUGUGUCUAAUUGUAGAUAUUUAAUUUCUUAGAUGUUGUGGUCGCUUGGAAUAGUUGCUUUAAUUGGGUAGAGAGGUGUUUGGGCAGAUAGCCAUUUCAGAUGAUACCACAAGCUCAGGGAGAGCUGCUAGUUUUCUUUUUAGAGGAUACCAAAUAUUAUUAUAGAGUUCCUUCAUAAUCUAGCAGCCAGUUUCCAUACCGCGUAUCCCUCAUCGUUGACAGACAAUAAUCAUAGGAGACAGACGCCUACUCAAGGUAAUCAAGGUUGAGUG